AGCUGACAAUUAUUUCUCCCCCCCCCAAAACAAAUGCAGCAACUUUCUUUGAAAGGUUUUGCUGGCGACACAGCGAAGGCACAUGCCAAAACAAGCAUGAUUGCAGGAGAAGGUGUGAGCAACAUCCGAACUGUAGCAGCCUUUAAUGCCCAGGGCAAGAUCCUCUCCCUAUUCAGCCAGGAGCUGCGAAUCCCACAGAUGGGAAGCCUUCGUCGCAGCCAGUCUUCUGGCCUUCUCUUUGGACUUUCCCAGCUUGCUCUUUAUGCCUCGGAGGCUCUUAUACUCUGGUAUGGUGCACAUCUAGUCAGUAAAGGCGCCUCUACCUUCUCCAAGGUUAUCAAGGUCUUUGUUGUCCUCGUCAUUACGGCUAAUUCAGUUGCAGAGACUGUUAGCCUUGCUCCUGAGAUAAUUAAGGGUGGGGAGGCUGUUCGCUCUGUCUUCUCAAUACUUGAUCGUUCCACCAAAAUUGAUCCGGAUGACCCAGAGGCCGAACUGGUCGAGUCAAUCCGUGGGGAAAUUGAGCUACGCCACAUCGACUUUGCUUACCCGGCGAGACCAGAACUCAUGGUGUUCAAAGACCUCAACCUCAGGAUCCGAGCUGGGCAGAGUCAAGCUCUUGUUGGUGCAAGUGGGUCAGGGAAGAGCUCCGUAAUUGCAUUGAUCGAGCGUUUCUAUGAUCCAUUGGUUGGGAAGGUUCUUAUUGAUGGAAAGGACAUUCGACGUAUCAACUUGAAUUCAAUCAGGCUUAAGAUUGGGCUGGUUCAACAAGAACCAGCCCUAUUUGCAGCAAGCAUUUUUGAGAACAUUGCUUAUGGGAAGGAUGGAGCCACAGAGGCUGAAGUGAUUGAAGCGGCCCGGGCCGCAAAUGUGCAUGCUUUCGUGAGUGGAUUACCGGAUGGGUAUAAAACACCAGUGGGGGAGAGAGGAGUUCAACUUUCAGGUGGGCAGAAACAGAGAAUUGCGAUUGCUAGGGCUGUGCUCAAGGACCCAGCAGUGUUACUACUGGAUGAGGCUACGAGCGCGCUAGACGCGGAGUCAGAAUGUGUGCUCCAAGAAGCCCUUGAAAGGCUAAUGAGAGGGCGGACCACGGUGCUAGUAGCCCACAGGCUUUCAACCAUUAGAGGGGUGGAUAGCAUCGGCGUUGUGCAAGAUGGGCGCAUUGUAGAACAAGGCAGCCAUACCGAGCUGGUCAGCCGAGCGGAUGGAGCUUAUUCUAGGCUCCUGCAGUUGCAGCACCAUCACAUUUGAAUAGUUUUGAAAUGUUUUGGGUGGCAUGAUAUCUGGGCCCCCCAAGAACGUGAUAUCCCAUUCUCACUUCCUCUUGGAUUCAACUUUUUUUUUUUUUUACUGUCUCAGUGAACGUCGAUGAUGAUGAUGAUGAUGAUGAUGAUGAAUGUAGAUAUGGGCAUGAGUUUAGUAUCUAUAAUUUAUAAAUAGAUAUGGGGCAUUAUUCUAUUA